AUGACGACUCAUGAUCAAGAGAUAAAGGAAGGUGCUUUCCCAUUUUACAAGCUUUUUGGCUAUGGAGAUGCUUUGGAUUGGGUUUUAAUGGCUUUGGGAACUUUUGGGGCUGUUGUUCAUGGCAUGACUCUGCCAAUUGGGUAUCUCUUGCUUGGCAAAGCUCUCAAUGCAUUUGGAAAUAACAUUGAUGACCUUGACGCCAUGGUUGAUGCUCUUUAUAAGGUGGUUCCAUUUGUAUGGUACAUGGCCAUAGCCACUUUGCCAGCAGGAAUACUUGAAAUUGGGUGUUGGAUGUAUGCAAGCCAGAGACAAACAGCUCGUCUAAGACUGGCAUUCCUACAAUCAGUGCUUCGCCAGGAAGUUGGUGCUUUUGACACAGAUCUCACCACUGCCAAAGUAAUCACUGGUAUUACUUCCCACAUCAGCAUUAUUCAGGAUGCCAUGGGAGAAAAGUUGGGGCAUUUUCUGUCGAGUUUGGCGACUUUCAUCAGUGGAGUAGUGAUUGCAACCAUAAGCUGUUGGGAAAUUUCAUUGCUCACUUUGUUGGUUGCUCCAUUGAUUCUGGUGAUUGGAGCCACUUAUUCCAACAGAAUGACUGCCAUUUCCUCUCUCAAGAUGGCUUACCAAUCCCAAGGUACUUCCCUGGUGGAACAGUCGAUAUUGCAAAUCAGAUCAGUGUAUGCAUUUGUGGGAGAGAGAGGUAGCAUGAAGGCAUUUUCAGAUCAGUGUGAGAAGCUGGUUGUAAUGAGCAAGCAAGAGGCGUUGGUUAAGGGAGUGGGCAUAGGAAUGUUUCAAACUGCAACCUUCUGCUGUUGGAGUCUCAUUGUAUGGAUUGGAGCCGUUGUGGUAACGGCUGGAAGGGCCAGUGGAGGGGACAUCAUAGCUGCCGUUAUCAGCAUUCUCUCUGGAGCAAUCUCAUUGACUUAUGCUGCACCAGACAUGCAAAUAUUCAACCAGGGGAAGGCUGCAGGGAAGGAAGUUUUCCAAGUCAUUCAAAGGAAGCCACCUGCAAUUUAUGGUUCAGAAGAGAAGACUUUGGAAAGUAUUGAAGGCAACAUUGACAUACGAGAAGUACAUUUUGCUUACCCGUCUCGUCCUCAGAGACUCAUACUUCAAGGCUUUUCUCUGUCCAUUCCAGCAGGCCACACCGUUACCUUGGUAGGUAGCAGUGGGUGUGGAAAGAGUACUGUCAUCUCCCUUGUCAUUAGAUUCUAUGACCCUCUUCAGGGUGACAUCUUCAUCGAUCAUCAGAACAUCAAGGAUUUGAAUCUGAAAUUCCUGAGGAAUAACAUAGGAACAGUUUCACAGGAACCUGCAUUAUUUGCUGGAACCAUCAAGGAUAAUAUCAGAAUGGGAAAAAUGGAUGCAGAUGAUCAACAGAUAGAAAAUGCAGCAGUGAUGGCGAACGCACACUCUUUUAUAUCUGAGCUUCCACAGCAGUACUUAACAGAGGUUGGACAAGGGGGAAUCCAACUAUCAGGGGGUCAAAAGCAAAGAAUAGCUAUAGCAAGAGCCAUUCUAAAAAACCCACGAAUUCUUUUACUGGAUGAGGCCACAAGUGCAUUAGAUUCAGAGUCUGAGAAAUUGGUUCAGGAUGCCCUUGAAAAGGCCAUAGUCGGGAGGACAGUCAUUUUAAUCGCCCAUAGAAUGUCAACUAUUGUUGGUGCAGAUAUGAUUGCAAUCAUAGAAAAUGGAAGAGUUUCAGAGUUAGGAACCCACCAAAGCUUGCGAGAAACAAGCAAAUUCUACAGCAACUUAUUUGGCAUGAAUAAUAUCAGACCAGCUCAAGACUCGAGGUUUGUUCAUACUAAAAUAUACCAACUUUGCUUCUGAAAGAAAACAAAACAACUAACUUGUAUGAAUUCUUCAAGUCGUGACCUCAAUCAAGACCACAAACUUAAGGAGCCCACAAGUUCCAAAAUAGAUUCUUUGAACCAAGAGGAUGAUAAUGAGAGAUCAAAAGAAAUAUUCUUUAGAAUCUGGUUUGGCUUGAGUAAAAUAGAGAUUAUGAAGACUGCUUUUGGAUCUUUUGCAGCAGCUUUGUCUGGAAUUUCAAAACCUAUCUAUGGAUUCUUUAUCAUAACAAUUGGGGUAGCCUACUACCACAAAAAUGCAGAGCACAAAGUUGGAUUAUACUCCCUCAUCUUCGCUCUGUUGGGAUUACUAUCACUUUUUACGCAAACCUUGCAACACUAUUUCUUUGGUGUAGUGGGAGAGAAAGCAAUGAAAAACCUCAGAGAAGCUCUCUAUUCAGGUACAAUACCCACAAUCACUGAAUUGUGGACAUUGAUUCCAACUGUCAUCUCAGCCAUUGGCAUACUAACUCCAACAUUCCACACACUUGAUCGGAAAACUCUUAUUGAACCAGAAACCCCAAAAAGUUCACCAACAAAGAAAAUUGAAGGGAGAAUUGAUUUUCAAAGUGUAAAAUUUAGCUAUCCAUCAAGGCCAGGAGUUGUGAUUCUUACCAACUUCAGCUUACAAAUCAAAGCAGGAACAAGGGUGGCUCUAAUUGGACCAAGUGGAGCUGGAAAGUCAUCCGUUUUGGCACUUCUGCUGAGGUUCUAUGAUCCUGAAGAAGGCAAUAUUCUUAUUGAUGGGAAGAAUAUAAAAGAAUACAAUCUGAGAAUAUUGAGGACACAGAUUGGGUUUGUGCAACAAGAGCCUGUUCUGUUUAGUUCCUCAAUCAGAUAUAACAUUUGCUAUGGAAGUGAGCAGGUCUCUGAAACUGAACUUUUAAAGGUGUCAAAAGAAGCCAACAUACAUGAAUUUGUCAGUACUUUGCCUGAUGGAUAUGAUACACUAGUUGGAGAGAAAGGUUGCCAACUGUCAGGAGGACAAAAACAGAGAAUGGCAAUUGCUAGAACUAUAUUAAAGAAGCCAGCAAUUUUGCUGCUAGAUGAACCAACAAGUGCAUUAGAUGCUGAAUCUGAAAGAAAUUUAGUGAGAGCUUUAGAGUCAAUAAAUGAGAAUAAUGGCUUCAGAGCUACCCAGAUUACUGUUGCCCACAGGCUCUCUACAGUGACAGACUCAGAUGUUAUCAUAGUCAUGGAUAAAGGUGAAAUUGUGGAGAUAGGUUCGCAUACCACCUUGUUAACAGGUUCUGAUGGAGUGUACUCAAAGCUCUUCAAGAUACAGAGUCUCGCUGAUGAUUAA